CGGCAAGCUCUGGAAUUUUAUUUUCUUCUAUUUUGUUCUUCAGAACAUAUAAUGUUGAUUAUAUGAAGCUGUGAAAUAAGAGACUAUUACCAAUCACAGUCAAGGAGAGAAGUGAAAAACUCUUUUAAGAGAUGCUGUGCGUACUAGAAGAGAAAGUCCACCCAAAGGAUAUCAGCAACAUCCAGUUAGAAAACCUGACAAGUUUUUUCUUAAAAAUAGAAAAGCGCUCGCUCGCCUCCUGGGUUAAAGUCAACAUCAAGAAGAAAGAGUGUUGCUUCUACGUGGAGGAUGGCAGGGAGGGGAUUUGUAAGUGUGGUUACCCAAAGACCGAGCACUACGAUGAGGCCAUCAAACCGGAGGACUAUAUGGGGGAGCAGUGGGACAGACACAGACAUGUCAGAGAGGUGCCCACCGACGCUUUCGGAGAUAUCAGCUUUGGAGGACUUGGACAGAAAAGUGGCAAGUAUAUUCGGGUGUCGUCGGACACGUCCUGUGAGAGCCUGUACCAACUGAUGACUGAACACUGGAAACUGCGUUCACCGAAUCUGCUGAUAUCAGUGACCGGCGGAGCCAAAAACUUCUACAUAAAGACUCACCUGAAGGACAAGUUUCGACGGGGCCUCAUCAAAGUCGCACAGACCACAGGUGCGUGGAUCCUGACGGGAGGGACACACACCGGUGUGAUGAAGCACGUGGGCAUGGCCGUGAGAGAUUACACACUCAGUAGUGGUUUGACGGAGGGACAGAUCGUUGUCAUCGGUGUGGCACCCUGGGGAGUCAUUCACAACCGACAGGCACUCAUUCAUCCUGAGGGCUGUUUUCCUGCGUACUACUCUCUGGACGAGCAGGGUCAGGGCCGUCUUUCUUGCCUCGAUAUUAACCACACUCACUUCCUGCUGGUUGAUGAUGGCACUCACGGACAUUAUGGAGUUGAGAUUGAGCUGCGGGCACAUCUGGAGAAACUCAUCUCUCAACAAUCGCUGGGAAACAGAGAGAGUGGAGUGACGAUACCAGUGGUCUGUGUGGUCUUGGAUGGCGGCCCAGGAACACUAAAUACCAUCUACAACGCAAUGCUGAACCACACGCCUUGUGUGGUGCUGGAGGGUUCUGGACGCCUGGCGGACGUCAUUGCUCAUGUGGCGGCUCUGCCCAAGUCAAAGGUCACCCUGGUCCUUAUCAACCAGCUUAUGAAGAGGUUUUUUGUACAAGAGUACAAAAGCUUUGCUGAGGUGCAGGUCAUUGAGUGGACCAAGAAGAUUCAGGACAUCAUCCGGAUGCCUCAUUUGCUCACUGUGUUUCGUAUAGAUGAGGAUAAAAACUAUGAUGUUGACGUUGCAAUUCUACAAGCUCUGCUGAAAGCCUCCAGAAGCGAUGAACAUGCGGGCCGACAGUCAUGGGAGAGACAGCUGGAGCUUGCAGUGGCCUGGAACCGGGUUGACAUCGCCGAAAGUGAGAUUUUCAGUGAGGAGAGCCAGUGGACGUCGUGCGAUCUGCAUCCGGCCAUGUUUUCUGCGCUGGUGGGCGACAAACCUGAGUUUGUGCGGCUCCUCCUGGAGAAUGGAGUUUGUGUGAGGAAGUUUCUGGAGCAUGAGGACACGCUCUGUGAGCUUUACGCCCACCUGCCCGCCUGCUUCUUCCUGCGCAAACUUGCUAAACGGGUCCAGGGUGGAAAAAUCCGCAGGGGUCAAGAGCCGCCGCCUGGAAGCAAAAAGAUUUCCUUGAGUCAUGUGGCUGAUGAAGUGCGCCACCUGCUGGGGAGUUUUACACAACCUUUAUACGUGCCGUCACGCUACAAGAUGACCAAAGAUGAUGUCCGUUUAGCGGUGCCGUCCAAAGGCCUGGUGGAUCUGCCGUGUUCGGGUGAAGAGUGGACCGCAGACACGGUUUGGGAUCCGGGACGGGAUCUCUUCCUCUGGGCUGUCGUACAGAAUAACAGAGAACUGGCAGAGAUCGGCUGGGAGCAGUGCAGAGACUGUAUCGCAGCCGCUCUGGCAGCCAGUAAGAUCUUGAGGAAACUGGCGCAGGAGAGCGGAGAGGACAAUUGCGAAGAGGCGAAGGAAAUGAGAGAAUUGGCCAACUACUAUGAGAAACAAGCCAUCGGUGUGUUCAGCGAGUGCCACAGCUGGGACGCGCAGAGGGCGCAGAAGCUGCUGAUCCGCGUCUCGCCGUCGUGGGGCAAAAGCACCUGUCUGUGGCUCGCGCUCGAGGCUGACGCGAAGAGCUUCAUCGCUCACUCAGGAGUCCAGGCUCUGCUGACUCAGAUCUGGUGUGGAGAGCUGUCAGUGGAUAAUCCACACUGGAAAGUGCUGGUCUGCAUGGUCUUCUUUCCUUUCAUUUACACCGGCUUCCUGACCUUCAGACGUGAUGAAGACAUCCAGAGACAGGCUGAGAGAACAGAGCAGCAGAAGCUGGCCAUGGAUUCAGUCUUUUCUGGAAGCUCGGAUACCAAAAUCAAACGGCAUUAUCGUGGCCCCUCGCAUCAGUCUGAGCUGAAGCCUCUGAACUGUUCGUCUCGUCUGAUGAGUCUGUUCACGUCGCCUCAAGUGAAGUUUUACUGGAACAUCGCCUCGUAUUUUGGCUUCCUGUGGCUGUUUGCCGUGGUGCUUAUGAUUGAUUUUCAGGACUAUCCGUCGUGGAGGGAACUUCUGUUGUACGUGUGGCUCACCUCACUGGUGUGUGAGGAGGUUAGACAGUUGUACCAUGAUUUCGACGGGUCUGGUUUUCGGAAGAAAGCAAAGAUGUACAUCAGUGAUCUGUGGAACAUUCUGGAUGUGCUGUCAAUCAUACUGUUCAUUACUGGUCUAGUCUGCAGACUUCAGGCCUCCGGUACUGUGUUCUAUGUGGGUAAAGUUGUUCUCUGCAUCGACUUCAUUAUAUUCUGUCUCCGAUUAAUGGCCAUCUUCACCAUCAGCCGAACCCUGGGCCCGAAGAUAAUCAUCGUCAGGAGAAUGAUGAUGGAUUUGUUCUUCUUCAUGUUUCUGCUCAGUAUUUGGGUGGUGGCGUACGGCGUGGCCAAACAGGGCAUUUUGAUUCACAAUGAAGACAGACUGAACUGGAUCAUCCGCGGAGCCGUCUAUGAGCCCUACCUCAUCAUAUUCGGCAACGUCCCUUCUAAUAUAGACAACACUCAGUUUGAUAUGGGCACCUGUAGUGUGAACGGCUCCGAGCCUCUGAAGCCCAAAUGUCCCGUGCUAAACGAUGAUAACAUGCCGGCCUUCCCAGAAUGGCUGACCAUCAUCAUGCUGUGUGUCUAUCUGCUGUUCGCCAACAUCCUGCUGCUCAACCUCCUCAUCGCCAUCUUCAACUACACGUUCCAGGAGGUCCAAGACAACACGGACACCAUCUGGAAGUUCCAGCGCUAUGAGCUGAUUAAGGAGUACCACAGUCGACCUGCUCUUCCUCCACCCUUCAUCCUCCUCAGUCACCUCAUCCUCUUCAUCAGAGGAGUGCUGCUGCGUUACCCUCCACAGAGACACAAGCACUUCAGACAGGAACUGGAGCAGACUGUGGAUGAGGAGCUGUUGUCAUGGGAGGCCUACAUGAAGGACAACUAUCUGGCAUCGACACGACAGGACGAGAGCCAGAGCGUGGAGCAUCGUAUCCAGGACACCGCAGAGAAGGUCGGUGUGAUGUCAGAACUUCUGGAGCGCGAGCAGGAGAUGGUUUCUGCCACCAUGGCAAAACGACUGGCCAGGCUUGAAGAGCAGGUCUCAGAGUCCACCAAAGCCUUACGCUGGAUUGUAGACGCGCUGAAAUCUCAGGGAUGCAAAUCCAAAAUGCAACCACCUCUAAUGACAGGUAAAAGCUCUGACAGGGAUGAUGGUGAAUCUAGUGGACAGGAGACAGAUGAAGAAUCAGCUCCUCACACGUUUGCCCGUCAGCUUCAAUAUCCCAGCAGUACCGUCGAACGCUUUCCCGUGCCUGAGGAGAAGGUGCCCUGGGAGGUAAACUUCAUUCAAUAUCUUCCUCCAGUUUACAAUCGACAGGACAGCAACGACUCUGACACUGCAGUCUUGGACAAGUACAGGAAUCCAGGAGGAAGGACUGGGAUUCGGGGAAAAGGGGCUCUGAAAUCCCUCGGCCCGAAUCACGUUUUCCACCCAGUCAUCACCAGGUGGCGUGAUGCUGAACGCAAGGUGCUGGAGUUUCUCGCCGUUUGGGAGGAUGCAGAGAAACACUGGGCUCUUCCUGGGGCCCCAGCCAAACCUGAUGAGUGUCUAGCGCAGACACUGGAGAGGAUUCUGGGUAAAAAGUUACAUGACAAAACCAAGUCUAAACUAGACACUGGAGAACAGGUGUGUAAGGGUUAUGUAGAUGACAGCAGAAACACUGAUAAUGCAUGGAUAGAGACCACCAUCAUCACACUUCACUGUGACAAAAACACUCCGCUCAUGGCAGAUCUGAACCGCACUGUCGAGAGCUCGACGUCGUCUCAUCAGCCGUUCCAGUGGCGGGAAGUGAGCAGCGCCGCAUGUGUGUGUCCGUACCAACGAGAGGCUCUGCGUCAGAUAGCGCAUAGUCACAAAACACACUUUUGACCCUCAGGAAAACACACACACGCUACACCUGAAAUGAUGAGUGCAAACACACUCGGCACUCACAUGUGUCUUUAAAGGGGUCAUGAACUGCCUCUUUUUUUAUUUUACACUGUUUUCUGAGGUCCACUUAUAAUAUUAUCAAGAUUUUUGCAUCAAAAUUUAUCAUUUAGAAGAUAUAGGCUAUUUUCCGUUUUUGAAUAAAAAAAACUCAUAAAUACUCAGUAUAUAUUAAACGAUCUGUUUAACAGACAAAGCAAUAUGAUCAUGUCAUAAAAACAGUUAUGCACACUUGUGUGUUUCGACAUUACUGUCGGAUCCAGUAUAAUCCACACAGCAUCGUCUUUUAGUUUCUUUUUGAAAAUCCCGCAUUGAAUUGUGCCUUGGUUGUAAACGAACCCGCAGUAAAAUGAAGUGAAGUGGUGGGCGGGGCUAAACAGGAAGUGAUGUCGAUGUUCUACUGCGAAGGUGGUGCUUAUCUACACUAUUACAUCAUAAAUACAUUAUAGAGCAGACUCGUUUUGGCAGACUGCCUUCAAUAUAAGCUGUUUUUAGACUAAUGUUUUGAGUUCUGAAACUUACAGAAUGUUUUUAUAGUACACUGACCUCAUAUAUGUCAAAAGGUCAAGGCAAUUUCCUUUCUCAGUUUAUGACCCCUUUAAAGGUGUGACAUUUCUAUGCCACAAACUGUGGAAGCUUGCUUCUGUCACUGGAUCAAAAAUAAUUGCGACUUUUUAUCUCAUAAUUUGGACCUUUUCUCUUACAAUUCUGAUGAAGUUGCGAGAAAUAAUGUCAGAAUGGCAAGAUACAAACUCAGAAUUGAGAGAUGCAAACUGAGAACUGAAAAAGUCAGAAUUGUGAGAUUGAAAAGCUGAAUUGCAAGAUGUAAACUCAGAAUUCCAAGAAAAAAUUCUGAAUUUUGUUCAGUUUAUAUCUCUUUUUAUGUAUAUAUGACUUUUUUCUUGCAAUUCUGAUUUUUUUUUCUCAAUCUCCAAAUUCUGAGUUUAUGUCUCGCAAUUCUGACUUUUUUCACAAUUCUGACAUUUUCUUGAUCUUGCAAUUCUGAGUUUAUAUUGCGUAAUUCUGACUUUUUUCUCACAAUUGUUACUUUUUUUCGGUAAUGCAAUUCUGAGGUUUAUAUCUCGCAAUUCUGACUUUCUUGAUCUCGCAACUCUGACUUUUUUCUCGAUCUCACAAUUCUGACAUUUUCUUGCAAUUCAGACUUUUUUCUUGAUCUCGUAAUUCUAAGUUUAUAUCUGACUUAAUUCUGACUUUUUUCUUGCAAUUUUUUCUUCCAUUUAAGAUUUUUUUUACCUCGAUCUCACAAUAAUGAGUUUAUACCUCGCAAUUCUGGCUGUUUUCACAAUUCUGACGUUUUUCUCGAUCUUGCAGUUCUGGAUUCAUAUUGUGUAAUUCAGACUUUUUCCUCACAAUUUUUACAUUUUUUUUCAAUCUUGCAAUUCUGACUUUUUUCUCACAGUUGUUACUUUUUUUCAGUAAUGCAAAUCUGAGGUUUAUAUCUUGCAAUUCAGACUUUUAUCUUACAAUUUUUUUCUCGAUCUCACAAUUCUGACAUUUUCUCGCAAUUCAAACUUUAUUCUCAAUCUUGUAAUGCUGAGUUUAUAUCUGACUUAAUUCUUUAAUUUUUUUCUUGCAAUUUUUUUUUUUACCAAUUCAAUUUUUUUUUUCCCUGAUCUCACAAUAAUGAGUUUAUGCCUCGCAAUUCUGGCUGUUUUCACAAUUCUGACGUUUUUCUUGAUCUUGCAGUUCUGGAUUCAUAUUGUAUAAUUCAGACUUUGUUCUCGCAAUUUUUAAUUUUUUUUUUCAAUCUCGCAAUUCUGACUUUUUUCUCGAUCUUGCAAAUCUGAAAUUAGAUCUUGCAAUUCGGAGUUUAUAUUGCGCAAUUCUGAUUUUUUUCUCACAAUUGUUACUUUUUUUCAGUAAUGCAAAUCUGAGGUUUAUAUCUUGCAAUUCAGACUUUUAUCCUGCAAUUUUUUUCUCGAUCUCACAAUUCUGACAUUUUCUCACAAUUCAAACUUUUUUCUCGAUCUUGUAAUUCUGAGUUUAUAUCUGGCUUAAUUCUGACUUUUUUCUUGCAAUUUUUUUUUCCAAUUCAAUUUUUUUUUCUGAUCUCACAAUAAUGAGUUUAUACCUCACAAUUCUGGCUGUUUUCACAAUUCUGACGUUUUUCUCGAUCUUGCAGUUCUGGAUUUAUAUUGCAUAAUUCUGACUUUUUUCUCACAAUUUUUACUUUUUUUUCAAUCUCACAACUUUUUCUUGCAAUUCCGACUUUUUUCUCGAUCUUGCAAAUCUGAAAUUUAUGUCUCGCAACUCUUUUUUAAUCUUUCAGUUGUGACAUUUUCUCGCAAUUCUGACUUUUUUUCUCGUAAAUUCUGAGUUUAUACCUCACAGUUCCGUUUGAUGCUAUUAGUGGUGCCAGAUGUGUCACUCACUUUCAUGCAGAUUUCUGUACAAUUCAUAAGCCAUACAGUUAGCCUCACACAAAUGGUGCUUUGAAAAUGUUUUAUAAUGCAUUAUUGUAGAUGUUUUGCUAUCUGGUUCAAUAUGAAUUUGAAUGUUGUUAAACAUUUUAAAAUACAAAUGCGGGUACCAAAAAUCAAGUUUUUAGUUUGCAUACAUGUGCACAGACAUAUAUACUGUACUUUAUGCAAGGAAAAUGGGGAUUGAACUAGUUGCAGGGUGAAGUAAGGACUUAUGAUCAUGACCAGUUGGCUACAUUAUCCCACUUAUUACAAGGCUGUGUACCAAAUAAAUAAAUAUAUGCGUAUUUAAGCUUCAAACUAUACAUUUCAGUUGAGCCAUAUUUACUCAUUUGUGAAAAGAACAAGUUAUACAAGAGAAAUGAAAAUUGAAAAUGCAUAUUCUGUACAUAUUUGAGCACGUAACGUAGCAGUAAUGCAAAUGUCAUUGAUUCAUACAGUGCUGACAAGGUUUAAUAGCCAGAUGGCAGAUUAGGCAGCACGACAUUAUGGAAUGUCAGCAGGCAGAUACUGUACCUUUAUUGAUAUUAUUUCACAUUGAACAUUCACAUGCAUUUUACAAGCAAUUAUGCAACGCCUUAAAUGUUAAAAAAGAAUGCAGAAACGUGAGGCAAACAAUGAAAUGUACUCAGUAUAAGAUGGUGUCAGCUUUAAAAUAAAUAUCUGA